CAUGCGAUGAGCUCUGGACACGUCUCCCAGCUUUCCCUCCUCCCCGCAGCUGUGCAGCAGAUGGGCUUGGAGGAGCCCCUGCUUGGCACAGGGCCGAGGGCCCACAGGGAAGAACGGUCCCCAGUGGGGCCCCCCCGGCCCGCCGAGGCCAGAAGGGCCGAGCACAUCCCCAGCCAGGAAAAACAGAGGCCCCAGCAUGGAGCACACGGUGCCCCGUCGGCACACACCACAGAGCACUGGAAUAACAGCCCUCGCUCCCGAGCCUGCCGCCUGCUAUCAAAGGGCCCUUCUUCUGCUCGGCCUCUGCAGGGAUGGGGCCGGGGGCCCAUCGAGGGCUGGUGGUGAGAGGAGGCAGCUGCUCCACGCCGGCGGGCACUGGCUGCACCCAGUCAGGCGCCGGGCACGUCCCGCCCCAUCACCUUAGGCCAGCUGGGGGUCCCUGGGGCAAACGGGUAUAUGCCACUGCCAGGCCCAAGCGGUGUGUGGGUCACUUGGGUCGAGCUGUGGCGAGCAGUGUGUCCUCAGGAGCCCUGGGCAAGCCCCAGAGGGGCUGCGUUGGUCCUGCCCAGGCACGGUGCACCGCCGAGAGCCCCUACGGCUAGCUUUGCCCUAUGUGGUGGUCCCAGGGCACUGGGACGAGAUGACAUGGGGGACAUGGACCCCAGAGGUGGGGACAGCCCUGCUCCUGUAGUGCAGCGUCGGCAUCCCUGUGUCCCUGCAGCCCGGCGACCCCAUCCCCCUACAUUCUCAUCCCUCUGCACUCCCAUCCCCUGUCCCUCCGUGUCCCUGCGCCCCACACAGCCCCGUCCCUCCGUGUCCCUGCGCCCCACACAGCUCCGUCCCUCCGUGUCCCUGCGCCCCACACAGCCCCGUCCCUCCGUCUCCCUGCGCCCCACACAGCCCCGUCCCUCCGUGUCCCUGCGCCCCACACAUCCUCGCCCUCCUCACCGUCCCCCCCAAGCCAACCGCUCUCCCGCCCCGCCCACUCCACCAGGACCACGCCCAUUCCCGGUCUAACUCAGCCUCUUGCCCCGCCCAGUUCGGGCCACGGCCGCGCCCCCUCCGAAUCUCUCCGCCAAUGGAAGGCGCGCACGCGCGCGGCUCCACCCCCGGGCGCGCGGCCGCCGCGCACCGUCUCCAUGGAGAGAGGCGCGUUCCGCCGCGCGCACGCGCUAUGGAGCCGGGAACCGGCUGCGCCGGGGACUGCGGCCCAGGCUGCGGGCAGCGAAACCCUUUGGGGACCGCUCUGACAAGCCGUGUGGGUCCCAGAUGCCAUGGGGAGAGGCCACCGUGCAGGGUCCAGGGUGAUAAGCCCCUGCCUGAGGUGCCCGUGGAGAGGCUCCCGUGCCGCGGUGAGACACUGACAACCACCGCCAAGAGGCUCCAGGAGAUGUUAGACACAACCAAGCCGCCCCAGGAGAUACCAGACACAGAUGAGCUGCCUACUGUGGCCCUACCAGUUGUGCCCAGCAGGGUGCCAUCCCCAGAGACUGGGAAGGAUCCCUCUGAGAUCAAGCUGCCUCCCUGGCUUGGAAAGUGGGGGACUAGCCCUGAUAAGGAUUCGCCCACCACAGUGCCGGCGCUGCCCCCCACCCCACCCGUGCCAGCAGAGAAGCCCAGCCAGUCGGUGCCUCAGCGGAGAUGUGUGAGCCACGACUGGCAGAAGGAGAUAAUCGUGGACCCUCUGGACUCUCGGCCACAGAAGGAUUUGGGCAGUGAGGACGUCGAGCAUGGCUACCAGGGAUUGCCGAUCCACCAGUUUCUCUCCUCACUCACUGACAGCUCCCCCCCAAAGGACUGUCCAUCUCUGAGGGCCCUGCUACUGGGGCAAGGGCAGCGGAAGGCCACGCUGGCAUCCAUGCUUUAUGAGAAAUACAGGCAAGCCUGCACUCCUGCAUGAGACCCACCCUUGGGGCUUUGCCCCAGAGGAGGGGACCUGGGGAGGCAGGGAUCCCAGAGCUGAGAGAUGUGGGGUCUGCUCUGACUGCAGCAAGGAGACGGAGGAGGAGAUCCAUCCCUGCCCGAGGCGCAUGGAAUCUAUCUCCACCACGCACCAGGACUACCGUGCCACGGGUUUCCAGUCCACACCCCAGCCCAUCACACAGCCUCACAACUACUUAACGGAGCAGCCAACAAGCUUCUGGAUGGAGCAAGCCCAUGGGCUACCGGGUGUCACCGCCCUCUUCGGCAGAAACAUUCCCUUCAAGAGGAAUGCAGCCUUCUCCACUCCCAUUACCAUGUACUUAGGGCAUCCCAAGCCCUUCAACCUCAGUGACCCCUACGACCCCUUGAGCAGCCAGCUUCAGCCCCACAAGCAAUAAAAAUCACAAUGUGAUUG